GAGCACAGCCAAGAGGGGAAGGGGGCUCGGUCUAGGGGUGGGUAGGUGACAUGUCUUUCGAAGACCCGUUUUUUGUCGUGCGAGGCGAGGUGCAGAAGGCAGUCAACACAGCCCGUGGGCUUUACCAGCGCUGGUGCGAGCUUCUGCAGGAAGGCGCAGGCGUCGGUCGCGAGGAGCUGGACUGGACAACCAACGAGCUCCGGAAUGGUCUGCGCAGCAUCGAGUGGGACCUGGAGGACCUGGAGGAAACCAUCUCUAUCGUGGAGGCCAACCCCAGCAAGUUCAAGCUCCCUGCUGGGGACCUGCAGGAGAGAAAGGUGUUCGUGGAUCGCAUGCGAGAGGCUGUCCAGGAAAUGAGGGACCACAUGGUCAGCCCAGCUGCAGUCGCCUUCAUGGAGAGGAAUAAUAGAGAGAUCCUGGCUGGGAAGCCAGCCGCCCUCACGUCACACAGCGACCUGCUGGAUACCAGUGUGGUCUCGGCCUCUUCCCGCAGCAUCGAGGAGCAACAGGCCACACAACAGCUGAUCAUGGACCAGCAGGACCAACAGCUUGAAAUGGUGUCUGGGAGCAUCCAGGUCCUGAAGCACAUGUCUGGCCGAGUGGGGGAGGAGCUGGAUGAACAGGGCAUCAUGCUGGAUGCCUUCGCUCAAGAGAUGGACCACACCCAGUCCCGGAUGGAUGGGGUCCUCAGGAAGAUGGCCAAAGUAUCCCACAUGACAAGUGACCGCCAACAGUGGUGUGCCAUCGUGGUACUGUUGGGUGUGCUGCUCUUGGUCCUCAUCUUGCUCUUUUCCCUCUGACCUUGGCCCUCCCCAGGGGACCAGGUCCCUUGAGUUGGGGGUGGGGGAGGACCACCAAGCACUAUGGAGCUGAGCAGGGCCCUGCCCCCUGGGGAGGGGGCUGCACCUGGGGAGAUGCCCCCAAGGCUCUCAUCUGGAGUCAAAUGGGACCCUGGGGUGGGGGUGCACCAUCUGUCCUAAGUGUGCUUAGGCAGGGGUGGAGGUAGGGGCACUUGAGCUACCCAGCCCCUUUCCCCAAUGCUUUCAGUGUCCCAAAGCCAUUGUCCAUGUGCCUUGUCCAUGUGCCAACUUGGAAAUAAAAUCCUAACCUUUUUA